UGCCAUUUGAUAAGUAACACUUCAGUUUAUUCAUUUCAUCGGUCUAUAAUUCUUAGGAUAAGAUACUAUCUCUGCCCUUUGGAAUGGCUUCCUUCUCUUCUCCUACCAUAUUCAGCCUCAUUCACCUUAUUACGGUUUUCCUCACAUUUUCUAUCUCCCAUUCGUUACUAGAUUGCUACACGUCCAUCAUCAGCUUCGGCGACUCGCUUGCUGACACCGGUAACAAGAUCCGCCAAUCGAAUUAUGCCUACUACGUGAACCGACUCCCAUAUGGAGAGACGUACUUCCAUCAUCCCACCGGUCGGUUCUCUGACGGACGCCUGAUCGUCGACUUCAUCGCCGAAGAACUCGGACUUCCAUAUGUGCCUCCGUAUCUUGAGGGUUCCAGCGAUGGAGAUUUCCGUCAAGGAGUGAAUUUUGCGUUUGCAGGAGCUACGGCACUCGAUGCUGCCUUCUUCCAAGAGAGAGGGAUUCCUAACGUGUACACAAACAACUCUUUGGGAAUUCAGCUGGGAUGGUUCGAAGAUCUGUUGCCUUCUCUCUGCUCCAAUCCACCAGAUUGUGAAGACAUUUUUGGGAGGUCACUGUUUCUUGUGGGAGAGAUUGGAGGCAACGAUUACAACAACCCUUUCUUACGGCGAAGGAGCAUGGAGGAGAUCCGGACCUUUGUACCUCUGGUCAUCAAUACCAUUGGAUCAACUGUGGAUACGUUGAUCAAAUACGGCGCUAGAACACUUGUGGUCCCUGGUAACCUACCGAUCGGCUGCUCAGCGGCAUACCUAACGGUCUUCGAGAGCCCAAGAAAGGAAGACUAUGACCCUCGAACAGGUUGUCUCACCUACUUGAACGAAUUCGCCGAGUAUCACAAUCGCCUACUGCUGAAGGAGCUGGACCGAUUGCGGGCACUGUAUCCAAACGCUACCAUUAUCUACGCCGAUUAUUACAAUGCUGCUCUGCGCCUCUACCGCUCCCCACGAGAUUUCGGAUUCUACGACGGGGCUCUCACAGCAUGCUGUGGAGGGGGUGGGACAUACAAUUACAACACGUCCGCCAAGUGUGGCUACAAUGGGGCUACGUCAUGUGACAACCCGUCAUCGCAUGUGGCCUGGGAUGGAAUUCACCUAACGGAAGCGGCGUACAGAUGGAUCGCUGAUGGUUUGAUAAGAGGACCAUUUUUAACUCCUUCCAUCACAACCCCAUGUCUGUCAUUGGGCAGCCAUGACCAACCUUGUUACAGGCAAUAGUAUACUGAUGUGCAGUCAAUUCAAGAAAAUGUUUGAAUGUUACUUUCAGAAUUUGGUGAAUGUAUACUCUAUAAUAGUUUUUCCUCUA